AUGAACAACAACACAAAUUCAAUUCUCGAUUCCUAUGAAUCAACCGACAAUGCACUCAUAGAUUCUUUCAAGGCAGCUGCACUAAAGGUUACCACUCUCUAUAAAGACUCUUUGGUCCAGAACAGAAAAGCCUAUGCAGCAGGUUAUCAACAAGCACUUCAAGAUCUCUAUGGAUUUAUUAGUUCACAUCCUAGUACAACUGUGUCUCAGCAGGGAGACCCUUACACUGGGCAUCCCGUUGAACGAGGUUUCUUACCUGUUCAAGAUCUAUUGGAAUUUGCUCGGGAGAGAAAUACACAGCUAACCUCUGAGAUGGGAUCCGAUGACGGUAUGGCACCUGCACAAUCUCAGUCCAUGCACAUUACACAGCCAGCUACAUCAAAUCCACACACACAAAGACCCAGUCCUCCAGAACCUAAGACCCCUCAAACCUCAUUUGGGCACAGUAACCAAACCCAGCAUGGAUCUACAUCUGGGCACCAAUAUGAGACUCAGGCACCACUUACGUCUCAGGCCACAAAUCCUUUCCAGGUAGAUCCCAACACACAAUUCACCUUUUCGCUCCCGCAUAAUGCACCUACCUUGCGUGCAUCAUAUACUCCGGUCAUGCAUACUUAUGACACUAAUCACUAUCCCGAAACACCUUCAGAUGGCUUCAAGAGGAGAUAUACACCUUCCGACUUCUCAUUUAUGGGGCGGUCAAUCAACAAUAUGAAUUUGGACGCAUGGUGUGAACCCCCUCACAAACGAGGAAGAUCCAGGCGGGAUGAUUGA